AUGCUUCCCCCAAUCUGCACCAUCCCGCUCACCUUUCCCCUUCCCAACCCCGCCUUCACAAAACCUAGCCUCCGUCACCACCUCCGCUCGCCCUCCCUCCUGGCAACCUUCUCCUCCGCGGCGGCGGGUCGGGCGUGUGGGAUAGCGGGCCGUUGGAUGGGCUCGGUUCGAGCCUCGCCCUCUGAGGCGGGGGGCUGGGCGGUGGCUGCGGCGGGUAAGGAAGGGGUGGAGAUGGAGCGGCUGGUGGCGGUGGCCCAGAGCGCGGCGGAUGCGGCGGGGGAGGUGCUCAGGAAGUACUUCAGGCAGCGCUUCGAGAUCAUCGACAAAGAGGACCACAGUCCGGUCACGAUCGCUGAUAGAGAAGCAGAGGAAGCAAUGACGUCAGUCAUACUGAAGAGCUUUCCUACUCAUGCUGUUUUCGGCGAGGAGAACGGUUGGAGGUGUGCGGAGAAGUCUGCUGACUAUGUUUGGGUAUUGGAUCCCAUAGAUGGAACAAAGAGCUUCAUAACUGGCAAGCCUCUUUUUGGUACGCUUAUUGCGCUUCUUCACAAUGGAAAACCGGUUAUGGGCAUUAUUGAUCAGCCAAUCUUGAGAGAGAGAUGGGUUGGGGUGGACGGGAAGAAAACUACCUUAAAUGGACAAGAAAUAUCUGUCCGUCCUUGCAAUGUACUGGCGCAAGCUUACUUAUAUACGACGAGUCCACAUCUCUUUGAAGGAGAUGCUGAAGAUGCAUUCAUUCGUGUAAGAGACAAGGUGAAAGUCCCAUUGUAUGGCUGUGAUUGUUAUGCUUAUGCUCUCCUAGCUUCUGGUUUUGUGGAUCUUGUUGUUGAAUCUGGAUUGAAGCCAUACGAUUUUCUCUCGCUGGUACCGGUGAUUGAAGGAGCUGGGGGCUCAAUAACUGAUUGGGAAGGGAACAAGCUCCACUGGCCUGUCUCUUCGGAAUCUCAGCCGACAAGUUUCAACGUGGUGGCAGCCGGAGAUUCCCGUGUCCAUGGGCAGGCCCUAGCAGCGUUGAGGUGGCGCUAG